AUGACGGAGGAUAUAACAACAAUUGAAAUGCAAGAUCGAUUACUCGAACGUCCUUUAAUUGAAACUACCUAUGCAACUGCCAAAACUAUUCCUGUCUCAACACGAUAUGGAUAUGUUUUAGUAACACAACAAGGCCCCCCUGAUCGUACAGUGAUCGUCACGUAUCAUGAUGUUGGAUACAAUGGUGCAACGCAAUUUCAUCAUUUUUUUACCUCUUCGGAAAUGGCUGCAAUUACCGAACAUUUUACGAUAUAUCAUAUCAACGCACCAGGUCAAGAAGAUCGUGCUAAUCCAUUACCAGCAACAUCUGUCUAUCCAUCCAUGGAAGAAUUAGCUGAAACUGUCAACGAUGUUUUCAAUCAUUUAGGAAUAAGCUCAGCCAUUGGAUUUGGUGUUGGCGUAGGUGCCAAUAUUCUAACUCGUUUUGCUCUAAAAUAUUCCUCGAAAAUCUAUGGUCUAAUUUUGAUUAAUUGUGUUUCACGUGGAAUCGGAUGGUUCGAAGGUUUUACUCUGAAAUGGCCAACGAAGGAUAUGCCGCAACAAACAUGGACUGAUGCUGUUUUGACGUAUCUCAUUUGGUACCAUUUAGGAUUUGAAACGCAAACAGCACAUCCGGAUUUGGUCCAAGCACUUCGACGUCAUUUGGAAGAGAAUGUCAAUGCAAAAAAUGUUAUUAAACUUCUCAAUUCAUUCUUAAAGCGCACGCCUAUCGAGAUGGAACGACCAAAUGAAUCGAAUAAAAAUGCUGAUCCACCAAAAUUUCUCAAGUGCACAGUUUUGAAUAUAACUGGAUUUUCUUCACCGCAUAAAGAUGAUGUUGUUGAUACAAAUGAUCGAUGUGAUCCAACGAAAUCAUCAUAUGUGGAAUUCGCUGAUUGUGGUGGUGCUGUUUUAGAGGAGCAACCAGCGAAAACAGCCGAAGCAGUUCGUCUUUUUCUUCAAGGUCUUGGCCAUAUUUCUCAUAUGAGUAUUCCGAAGUUUUCGGUGGCAAAUCGAUUAACUGAGCAAGUUUUGGAAUCGAAACGUCGUAGCAGUAUUGGUCGCCGAGAAAGUGUUCCAUUUGAUUCGGUCGACUCGGGAAUCUAUGGUCGAGAAGGCGGAGACGAUCGCAAUGUUCCAAAUGAUUAUUAUGAUAGCGAACUUCAACUUCGCGUUGAUUCAUUCGAUGAUCGAAAUGUCAAAUUAUAA